AUGGCAAUCCAAGACCACUUCAAGGCUCGGUCAACCGACAUAUUCUUUGCAGCCACACCAAAUUACGGCACUAAAUGGAUCGAAGCCCUUCUCAUCUCUACUGUUACGCCUCGUAUGUACUCCAAACACAACAAUCCCUUGAUUCCCAGCAACGUUCCUUAUCUGUUUCCAUCUUUGGAUUUGAUGGUUUACAACAAACGAAUCUUCCCUAACCUUGAAAUCAUUCCCUCUCCAAGGCUCCUUGGAGUUCACAUUCCUUAUUCGUUGCUGCAACCAAGUGUGAUCAAAUCCAGCUGCCGGAUAGUGUAUGUUUGCCGGAACCCUAAAGAUGUGUUCGUGUCUUUCUGGAAUUUCACCAACAGGCUCAGAGAUCAAAUAUCAAAACCACCAUUGACUGCUGUGGAUGCAAUUGAGAGGUUCUGCAAGGGGAGUUCCCAUUUUGGGCCUUUCUGGGAUCAUGUGUUGGGGUACUGGAAAGCUAGCUUAGAGAGCCCUGAACAAGUGUUGUUCCUCAAAUUUGAACAAAUGAAAGCAUACCCAACUCCUUACUUGAAAAGGGAAGGUAAAGUUGGGGAUUUGGAAAAUCAUGUGACAUCUGAGAUGAUUGAACGACUUGAUCAGAUUACAGAAGAGAAGUUCCGUGGCUCUGGCGUUGAACUCUGA